AUGGAGAGAGAUAUGGAGGAGUUAAGGGGAGCGAUGGAGGGAGGAGAGAGGGAGGAGAGAUGGAGGAGGAAGAGAGGGAGAGAUGGGGAGAAGAGAGAUGGAGUGAGGAGAGAGGAGAGAUGGGAGAGAGAUGGAGGAGAGUAAGUAAGUAAGAGCGAGGACGAUGAUGGGAGAGAGAUGGGAGUAGAGAGGAGAGAUGGGGGUGGAGGAUGGAUGGAGGGAGAGGAUGGAGAGAGAGAUGGAAGAGUAGAGAGGAUAAGAGAAGACAGGAAAGGAGAAAAGAGGAGAAAAGAGGAGAAGAGAGGAUUGUGAGCAUGAUGUCAUGCGGUCCAUACAGGGAGGGAGGGAGGCCUUCCUCUCGAGGGGGCUUGCAUAUCCAUCAUAACCCAGAGAUAAUUAUUCCAAUUAAACGUGAGCGGAAAACAGUUCUUGAUUCUCAGCCAUAUCUAAGUGUUAAUGAGUGGAAACCCGUUCCCCAGAAAGAGGACCCCCCCCAGACUGUUUUCGACCCUAUUCAGUGCUAGUUAAAUUGGAAAACCCGCGUUCCCCAGAGAAGACCGCAGAUCGGUUUUUCUUCACCCUAUUCAGUGUUUGUUUUAAUGAAAACCCGUUCCCAGAGACCCACAGAAAGCGUUUCACUCAGGCCCUAUUUCAGUGUUUAAGAAUGGAAGAACCCGUUUCCCCAGAGGACCAGAAGGGAGACUGUUUCUGCACCCUUUCAGUGUUAUGACAUGAACCCGUUGUUGUGUUUCCCAAGUAGGCCCCCAAGAGCAGAGGGACCCAGAUGUUUCUCACCCUAUUCAGUGUUAAUGAAACCCGUUCCCCAGAGACCCAGACUGUUUCUCACCCUAUUCAGUGUUAAUGAAACCCGUUCCCCAGAGACCCAGACUGUUUCUCACCCUAUUCAGUGUUAAUGAAACCCGUUCCCCAGAGACCCAGACUGUUUCUCACCCUAUUGAGUGUUAAUGAAACCCGUUCCCCAGAGACCCAGACUGUUUCACCUUGUCUGGGAGUCAGUGUGUAUGAAAACCGGGUUCCCAGGAGCCAGACUGUUCUCACCCUAUCAGUGUUAAUGAAAACCAGUUCCGCAGAGACCCAGACUGGUUCUUACCUAUCAGUGGUAAUGAAAACCCCUUCACCCCAAGAAGGCACAGACUGUUUCUCACCCUAUUCAGUGUUAAUGAAACCCGUUCCCCAGGAGACCCAGACUGUUUUCUCACCGCUGAUUCAGUGUAAUGACAAACCGUUCCCAGAGACCCCGACUGUUCACCCUAUUCAGUGUACAAUGAAACCCGUUUCCCAGAGACCCAGGACUGUUUCUUCACCCUAUUAGUCAGUUAAUGAAAACGUUUUCCCCAGAGACCCAUGAUGUUUGUCACUAUGUAAAUACCUUAAUGACAACCGCUCUCAUUAACAACAAGGUAACUGUAAGUGGCUCUGGAUAAGAGCGUCUGCUAAAUGACUAAAAGGUAAUGUAAAUGAACUGUGUGGGUGUGUGUGUGGUGUUUGUGUGCGUGUAUGUGGUGUGUGCUAAAUUGUGUGUGUCAAUGAAGCAUAUUACUAGAUUGGAAUAUUUUGCAUCUACAUCUGGCUGAGAUUCCUUGAGUCUUACAAAUGCUCAGACAGGGACCAUGCCCGUGGUGUUGUUAUUGUUCACGGUGUUGGUGUUAAUGGUAAUGGUUGUUAUUGUGUUAUUUGUUGUUGUAUUAAUGUUGUAUAUGUUGCUGUGCACUAAACAUGCGAGCAGCAGUAUUUAGUAAUUAAGCCUCGUUUUAACCAGGCAGAAAUAGCACCUCUCGGGCUUCUCUGAUGAAGCGGCAGGAAAAUAGAUUAGAGGCACGUCACGGAUUAAUAAAAGAUUGACCGAUAGUAUUGGCGAUCAUUAGCCUAUUCACAUAAAUUAUUUGUAUCUGUCUUUUAUUCCACAGAUGAUAAGCGCGAGUUUUAUUAUACUAGAAUUAAUACAAAUAGAUUCUAUCACGUAUUUUGGAUAUUCCAUAUGGUGCAUGUUGAGGAGUUAUGAAGGAUGUAAUGCAUUAUGUGAGUGAAAACAUCGCCCGUGUUAUUGAAACGAGGCUAGCUUGUGUUGGUUUCGGUAAGAAAACAUCGUUGUCUUGAAAAGAUGACAGCUAGCUGUUGUGGUUUCUGAAGAAAACAAUCGUCUUAAUGAAACAGCUAGCUUGUGCUGGUUUUCUGUAAGAAAUGUAGACAUCGCGCUUAAUGAGACAGCUAGCUAUAUAAAAUUAUCGCAAGAUUGUGCUGGGUUUUCUUAGAUAAGAAAAACACGCCAUUUAAUGAUACGGCUAUGGCUUGUGCUCUGGUUCUGUAAGAAAACACGUUGAACUGAAACGGCUAGCUUGUGUUGGUUUCUGUAAGAAAAACAUUGUAUGUCUAAUGAACAGCUAGUUGUGCUUGGUUUCUGUAAGGAAACAUCGUCCUUAGAUGAAACAGCUAGCUUUGUGCGUGGUUUCUGUAAGAAAAAACAUGUCUUAAUGAACAGCUAGCUUGUGCUUGGUUUCUGUAAGAAACAAAACAGUCGAUGAUAGAAUGACAGAUGGCUUGUGCUUGUUUCUGUCUAAGAAACAACUGUCACUUAAUGAAAGCUAGCUGUGAUGGUUUCUGUACAAGAACAACAUCGUUGACUUAAUGAACAGCUAGAUUGUUGCUUGGUUUCUGUAAGAAGAAAAAACAUCUCUUAUGAACAGCUUAGCUUGUGCUUGGUUUCUGUAAGAAAUACAUCGCCUACAGGAAACAGCUAAGCUUGUGCUUGGUUUCUGUAAGAAAACAUCGUCUUAAUGAACAGCUAGCUUGUGCUUGGUUUCUGUAAGAAAACAUCGUCUUAAUGAACAGCUAGCUUGUGCUUGGUUUCUGUAAGAAAACAUCGUCUUAAUGAACAGCUAGCUUGUGCUUGGUUUCUGUAAGAAGAAAACAACCUCGCAGAUUUAUUAUGACAGCUACUUGUGCUUGGUUCUGUAAGAAAACAUCGUACUUAAUCGAAAAACAGCUAGCUGGGGCUUGGUUUCUGUAAGAAAAACAUUCGCCUUAAUGAACCUAGCUUGUGUUGCUUGGUUCUGUAAGACAACAUCGUCUAAUGAAAGCUAGCUUGUGCUUGGUUUCUGUAGAAAACUCGUCUUAAGAACAGCAGCUUGCCCACCCAAAUUGGUGCUUGGUUCUGUAAGAUUGGAAAACAUGAGUUUCUUAUUUAUGAACAAGCUAGGCUUGUGCUUCCCAGCUUGUGUCACAACAGUCACAUUCUCAAUUCGACUGGCUAGGGUUGGUUGCGACACAAGAGCUGUUUGUGUACAGUUGACCUUUGACUGUUGUAAACACUGUAGUAAAUCUAGUCAAGACAAAUGCUGACACCUAGUGGUGACGUUACGAACGGCAUGUUACUGCUUACUUGUGAACAGUGCAGUUUCAGAUUGACUUUGAGACAAAGUUGAAUUCUUUCAGCCAGCCACCCCUUGUGGUGGUUUAGCGCAAACACUUAUUGUCCACUGCCAUAGAUAGACACGUCUUUAAGUUGUCCCUAAGAAGGUACACUAAACAAGUUUUGUAUUUACUGUCGUUUUUUUUCAUUUACAUUUUAGUAAUUUAGCAGAUGCUCUUAUCCAGAGCGACUUACAGGAGCAAUUAGGGUUAAGUGCCUUGCUCAAGGGCACAUCAACAGAUCUUUCACCUAGUCGGCUCGGGGAUUAGAACCAGCGACCUUUCGGUUACUGGCACAACGCUCUUAACCACUAAGCUACCUGCCGCCUUUAUAGAGGAUAUACUGUAGUUGCUUUUUGGUGGAUGUCCUAUAAACCACAAAUAAAACUUUCUUAAAUAAUGUUAAUUUCAAUAUUUUGUUAAGAAAUCAUCAUUUAGAUUAUCUGUUAAUCCUUUGGAGCACAAUUUGUGUAAAAAAAUAAAGGUAUGUUUUUUAAUCCCCCUCAUUUAUUGGCAGAUACAGUGGGGGAAAAAAGUAUUUAGUCAGCCACCAAUUGUGCAAGUUCUCCCACUUAAAAAGAUGAGAGAGGCCUGUAAUUUUCAUCAUAGGUACACGUCAACUAUGACAGACAAAAUGUGGAAUAAAAAUCCAGAAAAUCACAUUGUAGGAUUUUUAAUGAAUUUAUUUACAAAUUAUGGGGGAAAAUAAGUAUUUGGUCAAUAACAAAAGUUUCUCAAUACUUUGUUAUAUACCCUUUGUUGGCAAUGACACAGGUCAAACGUUUUCUGUAAGUCUUCACAAGGUUUUCACACACUGUUGCUGGUAUUUUGGCCCAUUCCUCCAUGCAGAUCUCCUCUAGAGCAGUGAUGUUUUGGGGCUGUCGCUGGGCAACACAGACUUUCAACUCCCUCCAAAGAUUUUCUAUGGGGUUGAGAUCUGGAGACUGGCUAGGCCACUCCAGGACCUUGAAAUGCUUCUUACGAAGCCACUCCUUCGUUGCCCGGGCGGUGUGUUUGGGAUCAUUGUCAUGCUGAAAGACCAAGCCACGUUUCAUCUUCAAUGCCCUUGCUGAUGGAAGGAGGUUUUCACUCAAAAUCUCACGAUACAUGGCCCCAUUCAUUCUUUCCUUUACACGGAUCAGUCGUCCUGGUCCCUUUGCAGAAAAACAGCCCCAAAGCAUGAUGUUUCAACCCCCAUGCUUCACAGUAGGUAUGGUGUUCUUUGGAUGCAACUCAGCAUUCUUUGUCCUCCAAACACGACGAGUUGAGUUUUUUAACCAAAAAGUUAUAUUUUGGUUUCAUCUGACCAUAUGACAUUCUCCCAAUCCUCUUCUGGAUCAUCCAAAUGCACUUCAGACGGGCCUGGACAUGUACUGGCUUAAGCAGGGGGACACAUCUUGCACUGCAGGAUUUGAGUCCCUGGCGGCGUAGUGUGUUACUGAUGGUAGGCUUUGUUACUUUGGUCCCAGCUCUCUGCAGGUCAUUCACUAGGUCCCCCGUGUGGUUCUGGGAUUUUUGCUCACCGUUCUUGUGAUCAAUUUGACCCCACGGGGUGAGAUCUUGCGUGGAGC